AUUAUCCUGCCUUUAAAAAAUUGUUUCCUUAUUGAAUCUAACCUUUCUUGUUCUCGUGGAUUGGAACCUGUAUAUAUAUACAAGCUUAUCAUCCUUCAUUGGAACUAUUUGCCCUAAUUGGUCCAUGGAAAAAUCCCACCCUUUAGCCAUUGAAAGUUUUUCAUCUAGUUGGUUAUCAAAUACAACAUCUCUUAACAAUUCCAGGGAAGUCACCUCAAAGGAAUUGGACGGCACCUUAGUAAAAGAAGCCCUCAACUUUAAUUUUGAUAUUCCUACAUCCCCUGUUGCUCUUCUUCAUGCUGAUGAACUUUUUUCCGAUGGCCUCAUCAAACCUGUAUUUGUUGAUGAUCCUUCAGAGAUAGAUUCCUCCAAUAGCUCAGAUUUCAUAACAGUCUUACCUGGCUCUUCGUUUUCUGUAGGAAAUAUUGGUAUUUCAUCCCUGGAUGGUCAUUGUGAUUGCUUUAUAAAAUGGAAAGAGUCGUCCCAGCGAAUCAUCCAGAAGUGUUUUGGACAUAUCAGAUCGUUGUGCAAUAAAGCAAUUAUAAGAAGUUCAAGAAAAAGUAUUAGGGUUAACGAUAUUGAUAGGAGACUAGCUUGGGAAGUUAAGAGGUGUAGCAAUAAUUCACCCCAAGCAUCUCCACAAAGAAGUACAGCAUAUUCAGUGGAUGAUUGGUGUGAUAUUGAGAGCUCAAUCCAUGAAGCCAUUCUUCAUUGCAAAAGAUCAAUAGAGAAAUGAUCGUUUAACAGAGACAACAGCGACUGGAAGGAGAAGAGUAGAGGUGUCAGACAUGCAUGGCUAGAGAUUGAGCACAAGUGGUCCUUUGUCCAUUUCUUGGUGUUCCUUCCUCUUGGAUUUAAAUCUGAAUUUGUCUCGCACAAGCUUCAUGGAUACAUAGCUGUAGAAACUCUUAAUUAAUAUUG